UAAUUUGUUGUUACUUAGUAGAAAUACUGAAAAAACAUCGCCCAAAAAACCCGAAAUUUGAUGUCUUACCCUAUGAUUUUUUAAGGAUAUUUUGUUUUGAUGAACCAAUUUCAGUUGCAGGCGCAGGUUAUCAAUUUGUACUUUUGACCUUAGCACUUAGUUUGCGUGUAGAGGGAUACUUAAUUUUACCAACGAUGAAAUCGACAAUUUACAUCAACAUACAGUAUUUAAUUUAGAAAACUUGAGAUGAGUUGAUUCUAUGAAACUGAGCAUUUUUUUAUUUAUUUGGAAUUACUGUGUAAUUAUUACUUUCAGUGGCAUUUUGCACCUCGGUAGUAACGAUAACGACAACAACAAGAGUGAUUAUAUGCCGUCUGUUAGUCAUCUGUGUAAUGUGAAAUAAAGCAAAAGUAUUUCUUAAUUAUAACAAUCACCAUACUUUGUAAAAGCUACUACUAUUCAUGGAUCCAGUUCAUUUUAUUAAUGAAUUCCAUCGAUUAAAUUUAACAACAAGAAUACCAAAUUAUGGUUACAUUUAUUACGCUGGUCUUUAUUCCUCGAAUUCAUUUAUUCUAGAAAUUAUACUCUCCUUAAUAUGUGUCGGUGGUAUCACGUCAAAUAUACUUUUAUUUCUUGCUCAUAUAUGUGCGAUACUGUAUGGCAAAAAACAUCUGUAUCAAGUGCUUUCUCCAAUAUAUCUACAAAAAGUGUAUAAAUGCCCUUUAUAUCGUCGAUGCAUGCGUUGGUCAUAUUCAGCAGUGUGUAAAUGGCCAUUAUCGUGUAUUACAUCACGAGUUGUUUCGUGCAUACAAUGCUUAUUGUGUAAUAUAUGCAAAAGGAAUAUCAAUAUGACAUCAAUGAAAUCAACAGCAACAUCAACAUCAAUUCCUUCAGUUAACAAUAAUAAUAAUAAUAUCUCUCAAAGCACAUUAAUUCAAUUACCAACAGAUAACAGUGUGCUAAAUUGUAGUAGUAAUAAUAGUGAUAAUAACAUUAUGAUUGAUAUGAAAUCUGAAGUGCUUUGGCCCGGUGUUUCAAUUUUGAAACCUUUAUCUGGUAAAGAUCCAAAUCUAGAAAAGAAUUUGUUAUCAUUUUUUGAAAUGGAUUAUCCUACAUAUGAAUUAUUAUUUUGUAUAUCAGAUAAAGAAGAUCCAGCUUAUGAACUUGUUGAAAGAUUGAUUACACAACAUCCACACAUUGAUGCACAACUCAUUUUAGCUAAAGAUCUAUUUGGUAUCAAUCCAAAGAUUAUUAAUUUACAAGCUGGUUACGAGGCUUCAAAGUAUUCCCUACUGUUAAUAUCAGAUUCAGGUUUAUGGAUGCGUUCAGAUACACUGAUGGAUAUGGUAUCAUCGUUAGAAGAGGAUCCAAAAAUUGGUCUAAUUCAUCAAGUGCCUUACAUGAAACCAUACAGUGGAGUUUUAUCGUGUACAGAAGAUGAAAUAAAUAUUUUAUCCAUUCAACAUUAUCCUAAACAUAUCAGCUUUAAUGAUAUUGAUGAAGGUGAAUAUGAAAGGACAGUGAGGAAUAGAACAACACCGACAAAUCUGGAAUAUGUACCUACAAUCUGUGAACAACCAUCAUUUACAUGGGUUGUACAGUUAGUUUUCUUUUCAUGCUGGCAUGCAAAAAUUUACCUAGUUGCUUCAUUUUUGAAUAUGAACUGUGUAACUGGUAUGUCAUGUCUAUUGCGUAAGUGUUUAUUAGACGAUUCUGAUGGUUUUAGAAAAUUUGGUUAUUAUCUUGCUGAAGAUUACUUUAUUUCAAAGCAUAUAAGUAGUCGUGGUUGGAAGAUAUCUUUAUCUCAUCAACCCGCAUGGCAAAACUCACCAUCGCCCUGUUUGUACCAAUUCUAUAUGAGAAUAUUACGUUGGUCUCAGUUACGAAUGAGUAUGGUGUUUUUGGCCUUCUUAUUUGAACCAUUCACAAGAUGCCUACCAAAUGCUUUAUUGGGAGCAUUUUCAUUUGCUUACAUUCUCCCGAACUUUAUUGAUCCAGGCGUGUACUUUUUGUGUUAUAUUCUUGUAUGGUUUUUAUUAGAUUAUGUAUUAUUGCGUCAAAUUUAUCCACCGGAAACUCCAAUAUGUAUUACAAAAUUAGAAUACCUUGUAGCUUGGUUAUUUUCUGAAAUAGUGGCUUUUCCACUGCAUUUAACCGCAGCAUGUUUUCGUGAAGUAAGGUGGAGAGAUAAACGAUUUCGUAUACACUGGGGUGGUAUCUCUGAACGAAGUGAUCAACCAAACACUAUAUAGAAUAAAGAAAAAAACAACAAACAAAAUAUUGCAGUUUUACUGUAAAAGAAUUAAAAUUAACGUAAUUCUAUUGUAGAUUAUGCAAUCAUGUAUCUAUUUGUCUAUGUGUUCAGGUGUUCUUGUGAAUAAUAAACUCUUCCGUGUAUCAUUUAUCUCUGUUACAUAACUACUACUUAGUGUACAUGUGGUCUUUCCUAUUUGCAGUGAUAUAGUUUUUUUUAUACUACUUUUACUGAUGUCACUUUUUCUUAUCUUAUCUCUUUCUGCUUAUUGUCGAUAAUCAUGGUGGUUAUUAUUCCUAUUAUUAGAUCAGAACAAGAGGUUGUAAAUAUACAAAUAUAUAUAUGCGUAUUAUUAUUAUUAUUCCUGUGCCAUUGCUAUUGUUUUUGAUUAUCACUAUCUAGAAGAAAGUGAUUCAGUUGGACCGUUGACUCCUAAAUUAAUUUAGAUAAUCUUAGAUAUUACUUUGCUACUCUAUGUACACAAUAUUAACCAUGGAUCACGGCUUAAUACACAAAACUGUAUGAAAUGUACUCACUUAUCAUCUUUUAUUCAC